CCGGGACGGGCGGGUCGCCGGGAAAAUCCAGCGCCGGGCAGCCGGGAACGACCAGUGCCGGGCCGCGGCGGGCACCGUCGCCCAGGGCAUCUCGCACCGCCCCCCAUUCAACGGAGCUACACCAGGCAAGAUUAGGGUCAGGUUUGGGGCAGCAAAUAAGCGUCAGGUGUUUGUGGACAAUCAGCCAUUAUGCAGAACUACAGCAAGCUCAACAAGUUGCCCACAAUCGUUGAAGAGGACGAAACAGACAGGGGCGACGGGUAUAAUGGCCCUACUUUCAGAUGUUCAGUUCAGAAGAUGUACUCUGUUAUUUCGCAGUUUGACCAGCAGAAACGAGAAAUUGUUAACUCUAUGGGUUGGGGUGGCACUCUAUCCAUGCCUCUCAUCAGCAACCUAAGCGUCAGGCAUAUGGUCUGGCUUCUGGGGAUGGUGGAUGAGGUCAGACAAGCCAUUGUACUGGGACCGAAUAAGGUUUUUAAGUUCAAUGAGAGUGAUGUUGAGAAGGUAUUCGGAAUCCCGGCAGCUGGAACAGAUGUCAUGGACAGAACUCUUGAUAGGAGUGACACUGUAUAUGCAUACUUGCGUGGUCGUUUGGGGAUAGAGAACAAGGAAGUAAGAAGUCUGAAGAGCAUACAGUCCAUACUGUCAUGUGACUACAAGGGGAAGAUGUCACAAACAGAGGUGGCUGCAUUCAAAACUGCGUACAUCGUAUUCAUGAUGACACAUGUAUUUGCACCGACAGUCAAGAAUGACUACUUCUACACUGAUUAUUGGCCAGCACUGGUCGACCCAGAUAGCUUGGAUAAGUUCAAUUGGGGAAGAUAUAUUGUUGAAGUAGUGUGUGCAGCCGCCGUUAAGAUGAAACAAGAUAUUCGCAGGAAAGCGACGGUGUCGAACAUAAUAGGAUGCUUGCUCUUCCUACAGGUUUUAUAUCUAGACAACAUUCAGUUGGGGGACUUAAGCAUGACACAUGAUGUGUUCCCCAGAAUUAAAGCUUUCACCGUGGAUAAAAUUAGAGCCAUGAUUAAUGCCGACAAAAGGCCAAUGGAUUCAUCGAAAAACGGAGAUUUCAUUUAUGGAAUUUCAGCACCACGGGAUGCUGAUAGUUCAGCAUAUUCUAGGGCAGAUGACGAAGAUAAUGCGCAACAAGGGGGGGAUGCUUGGGCAUGCGCAACCAAGAUUUGUGAUGCUAUGGGCUUGACGCAUCAGGCCAAACUUAACCUAUAUAAUGAGCUGACAGCACACCAAGAGGACAUCAUUAAACAGGUUGAAGUUAUGAAUGCAAAAUUUUAUGAGAAGAUAUACAGAAUGUUAAAUGACAACAGCUUUACACGUAAUAAGGGUGUGAUGCAUGCAUCCGGGUUGACGAAUGUAAGUAGAGACAACAAUGCCACGAAAUCUUCAACAGUGGAGGCUGAUAUGGCUUCUGAUGAUGUGAGCAGCCCAGAAAAGAGGAACGAUGAAGCUUUCGUUAUCCAUAUGCAAAAUAAACGCCCUCGUGUGGAUAUCGAUGCAACAAGCAACGCAGUAGCAUCACAACAUGGUGGGGGGAUGAGAUCUAAUUCUGAGAUGGAUGUCGAUCUCAAUGUGGCCGACCUGCUGGCUAGUACGCUUGAGGGGAACACAAUGGAUGUUAGGAAUCAUGUGAACACGGUUUGCUGGGACAAUGAGCCGAGUUUUGAUUUAGGUCUGGAUUUCACACCGUCAUCAAAGGUGGGCAAGAACAAGAGUUUCAGCUGUAGAUAUCAAGACGGUGGUUGUGCUUUAUUCGGAAAUAUAUCUGAUGGGGAUGUUGCUGACAUUAACAACGGAUCUCAAGGUGUUACAUCAUCAUGCGAAUCGUGGCGAAAUGAUGGCAUCACGGGUGGGAGUAGUGAUGGUCAAGGACCAAAUAAGUCAUCACACACCCCCAGCGCAUGUCCUUCAGACAAUUUGGGCACUCCUGCAAGUUCAGUAGCCGACUCUGUUCCUCCCUACUGGUACCUCAGUGAGCAGACAAGGUCGUCCUCACCGACAUCCGUUGAUAAAAUUAUUCAAGACUAUUUUGUAUUUGAGAAGGACACAAGGUUUACGGACAUUAUUAACCUCAACGCAAAGAUUUUGGAUUUCGACGUCAGCAACUCGCCUGUGGUCAAAAGGAGAACUGUGUCACACACAAACCAUGUGGCAGGGCCAUGCAUCACUGCAUUGGCCAGUCAUGACAAGAAGGUCAUAGACGCUUUUUUCUGCUUCGUAGCAAGUAUGGAAGAAUCACAUGCAGAGAAAUGCGUGUGGAUAAUGCAUCACACACCAAGCUACAUAGAGGUGACCGCAGACCAGCUGAAGAGUUCCUUCUGCGGUAAGGUUGAUGUAGAUCACGACAUUUUUAGCCUUAUGAUUCGGAGACUGAAACAGAUAGAUGAUGGAGCUGCCCAAGGCGGAGAUAUGACCAGAAUAAAACAUUACAUGGAGGCUGAUCUCAUGAUGCGUGUGAUGGCAGGAGAUAUGCGAUGUCAGCAUAAAUCCAUUCGGGAUCAGUUCAUUGGAGAUCACAUCACCUACGACGUACCAAAUUGUAUGCUGAUUAUGUUUCCGGCCUACGUCAGCUUCGCUUGGGUAUGUUACACAAUACAUACAAUUAAAAAGAAGGUGUUCAUCUAUGACCCGUUAGCAUCGGAGAAUGGUGGAGCAAUCAAACAACUACAUAUGAGAAACUGCAACCUGUUGAAGUCUGCUAUGAUUGAGUUUGCAAAAACAUAUUUUGAAUUUUGGGACUUCGGGUUCGGUGACUUAGAACCGGCUAUUAUUCAUCCUAAACGUCAAGUGUCUGAAAGGCACCUAUCUGGGUUUUACACAAUGAACUUCUGCAGGAACUUCAUCGGUGACCAAGAGGCAGAUAAUAUUCAUGUGGACGAUGACAGUUCUAUGGCGGCAUAUUACCUUUACGACAUUCUACAUCUCAAGGGGAACAAUGCAAAGAGGCCACAUCAGUUCAUCGAGUCUAUCGAUGAAUGAUACAAAAUUGAGUCUCGAAUGAAUUUAAGGGGAGAAUGUUGUUAGGGCACGUGUUGCAUGGGACUGUAUCUGUUUGGGUCUGUUAAUGCACUAGAAUGUCUUUGCGGACCUAUAUAUUAUGCUGUCAAACCACCGAAUGGUUUCGACUGUUAUGUGUGAGCUAAUGUAGUAGGAGACGACUAAAUAUAUAAAUUGCUUGGUAUGGAUGUCAAGAUAUUGACGGCCAGUUUGCAUGAUUUUCAUGGCUUUUGAAUAUAUGUGUGAUGUUAGAUUGUAAACGAAAU